AUAUUGGUUGUAUAACUGCAAGAGAUCAAUGGACAUGAUAAAAAAAUCAGUGGAAAAGCAGGUAGAUGUAUUGAGGCCUCCACUUCCUGAGCAAGCACCCUGGCUUAUAUAUACACACGGAACUUCUAAGAAAAAACAGAUACAAACCUUCUUCACCAUCUCCGACAACAAUUCCUACCUCAAGAGUAUCCCUAUCUUGCGCGGUAAAUCCAUCUGUGGUUCCUGUCAUGGCUGGUUAAUUCUACGCGAUUCCAUCGAUCCAAAACAAUUCUCUUUGUGCAAUCUGGUCACUGAGCAAUCUCUACUUCUACCUCCAUUGUCGUCAUUACCAAUGUCAACUUUAGGAGAUACAGAGUUAUCAACAUGUACGCUCACAUCACCCCCAUGUUCAGAGGAUUGUAUACUUUUCUUGUUUUUCACAGACCAAGUAUUUUCUUGUCGUCCUAAAAGUAAGGAUGAAGAUGGUACUAGUAUUAGUUCCAGUUGUAGUUGGGUCAGUCAAAAAAUUGAUAUUGAUGGUAAAAGAACAGGGUUAUACUCUGCCAUUAGUCACAAAGGUUUAAUAUAUUGCUGCGCUCUUUCUCCUGUCCACCGUAUAUUGUUAUUAUGUAUGAAGGUUGCUGAUGACCCCUCCAACACACUCACUAAGUUCUUGCAGUUGGAGGAGCCAAUUUGCACCUUUCGUCGCGCUACUAGUAACUACUACAUAGUUGAAUCCUGUGGUCAUAUAUAUUGGGUCUGUCCUUGUUCACGCUAUGGACAGGACUUGAGCAUCAACAAUGUGGAAAUUUGGGAAUUGGAUAUGCAUUCCAAAAAAUGGGUGCACGUCAAGUGUUUGGGUGGUCGUGCCUUUUUUGUUGCUCUUAAUUGUUCCACUUGGUGUUGGGCAUCCAACGGACUUCAAGAGAAUUGUGUCUACCUUCUUGUUCCGUCCGAAAACGAUAAGAUUUUUUACUCAUACAGCCUAGAUGAGAAAAGUUUAACUGUUUUUCGGCCUCUCCCAAACUUGAAGACACCAUACAGCACUCCUGUGUGGUUUAAUGCGAUGCCACAACAUGAACAUCAAAGGUUAUUAGCUGUGCAUGAUGUGCAAAGAUCACUAGAAUUUACUCAGAUUGGUAGCAGUAUCCAACCACAUGAAAAUGAAAGACGAGAAAGCGAAUGCAAGCCAACCAAGUUACCUGAAGAUAUACUAUGGUUGAUCUCAAAGCAUUUGCAUUUGUUUGAUUAUUGGAACUUUCGAGCUAGUAGCAAGGUAUUUCAUUCAGCAAUCCCCUUAGUAACUCAACGAAGACCCCAUAACUUGCUCCCUUUGUUUAUAUUCUUUAAGAAUGACAGCGGAUUAUGUCAAGUAAUCGACCCAACUCGAGAUGAUUCACAAUAUAACAUCCUCCAAGUUUCUUCAGAUCCUUUUACUGUUGAUUGUUCUAAGGAUGGGUGGAUCGUUGUAUGUUUAAGGGAAUCAAUAAAGUUCUUCAAUCCUUUUAUGAAGGUGAAAGGGGAUUUCCCUCCUAUAAGAAACAAAUAUCUCAUGAAGUUAGUGGAAUCGGAUUUUCAACCAAUCCUACUUCUCCAGAUUGUUUAACUGUUCUAUUUGAAAAUCAUGUUGAAGGAGUAGUCAUCUUCUACCUUCGAUAUGGGGAUGAAACAUGGACUCGUUGUCAAAUUGUCAAUGAAGAUUCAAUUAGAUUUGAUGUUGUAACUACUAGUUCUGUUUAUUUUGGAGGGGCAUUUUAUUUUAUUGACGUCGAAGGAUGUCUUGGAGAAUUUAGAUUGGUAGGUGAUGAAGAAAGUUGGCAAGUAUACGAUUAUCCGAUUGAAGUAGACUUGAGACUUCAUUCAUGUCAUCUAGUUGAGUGUAAUGGAAAACUCUUUGCUGUA